GUUUUCCCUCCUUCUGAGCCAGGUUAAAUAAGGGAGGCAGAGUCUGUGACCCUUAGUCGCAAAGCUGCCCCCUUGCUGGGAACUCCCUUCCCCUUGUGCCUGGCACGGUCUGAGUGUGUCUGUGUGUGUGUGUGAAUGUUGGUAUUCAUGCACACCCAUGUACAUCUCGGUCCCUCCUUCCCUACUGCAGGGACAGGAAGUUUCUCUUCCAGCUUUGGGCCGGGGUGAUGCCAUGUACAGAUCUCAUCCCGGGCAAAAGAGAAGCGGUUCUUCGACGUCGGCUGAGAAUGCCUUCCCCCCUGCACUCCUUCCCCAUCCGCGUGCUAUGAGCAGAUUCCCUGCUGGUGACACAGCUUCAGACCAGACAGUGGCCAGAUCCGGCGGGCACGAAGAUCUUCACCAGCGACAGGUCCUCUUCCUGCGAGGAGAACUUUCCGAAGCUCCACUGUGGAAGCCCAGUGCCCAGAGGUCCCCAGCGCCUCGGACAUUCUUCCCACCACCCCGUUCGAAUUUAUGGUUCAACUACAGGGAGCCCGUCAGAAGACCUCCCGGUAAGGGUGGCUGGCAGGCACCGAAGCCGCCCUCUCCUCCUAAACCAAGUUACUUCGCCGCUUGUCCGAAAGGUGGAGUUGACCAACUCGUCUCUAACUUCCAGGGGCUGACCCUCGGCCAGCAGGACCUGGAGGGAGAUCUCCUGGAGAUCCUGAGGGAUCUGAAAUCUGGGCAGACCAUCUCCGCUCGCCAGCUGGCCCAACGGCUGCGCGCCCAGAAGAAAGUGGUCAACCGUCACCUCUACAAGCUUUACCGCCGAGGGCAGCUGAGUCGGUCGGGGACGACCCCGCCAUUGUGGAGGCUAGCCGACGGUCGCGACUCCGGGGAAGCAAGCCGAGAGGGACGUCCGGCCAGCCGGGAGAAGAAUCCCAGUCCCUUUUUUGGUUUGGGGACCGAAGAAGAAGGAGGAGGAAGUUCGUCUUCUGACCAGGAGGAUUCCUUUGAUUCUCCUGACAUGGCCGAAAUCAAGGAGAAGAUCUGCAGCUUCCUCCUUGGGGUGACGGACUCCACGGCUCUCAACCUGGCCAAGAACAUCGGCUUGACCAAAGCCAGGGAUGUCAACGCCACCCUCCUCGCCCUGGAAAAACUGGGCGACGUCCACAAGGAGAACUCCAGCCCUCCCAAGUGGUCCCUCACAGACAAUAAGCGGAAACGGAUGCAAGUCAAGAUGAAAGCGGAAGAGGUCCGGCAGGCGGUUACGGUAGACAACGAGCCUCCAGCCCCGUGCACCGAACCGGAGGCCCCUGCCGAGGUGCCCUCCCCUCGCCCGUCUCCGCCGCCGGAGAACGAGGAGAAGAAAAUCGAGAACGGGCAGCAGGCGGCCGAGGUGACCGAACCGAGCGGCGGUGGCGGCGGUGGCUGCCCCCCUCCGUGGUCGAGUCCCUCGUCCAAGCGCCCCCGGUACCGCCGUUUCUCGCCGUACGGCUACUUCGAGGCCAGCAGCUGGGCCACCGACGACAUCCCCGAGGACAUGAACGCCAUCAGCACCCAGGACGAGUCGAGGUACAUUAUGGAGUCCCCCCUGUACCCCAGCUACUCCGCCCAGUUGGACACGGCCUUCCAGUGCAGCCCCUUGGAGAAGCUGAUGGACUGCCAGAAGAAGAACCCGGUCAGCGGCCUGAUCGAAUACACCCAGUAUAUGUACCAGCACUGCGAGUUCGUCCUGCUGAAGCAGAGCGGGCCGUCGCACGAGCCGCGAUUUCGAUAUUGCGUCAAGGUGGGCGAACGCAUCUUCCCCGCCGUGGUCUCGAACAGCAAGAAGGGAGCGAAGCAAAUGGCCGCUGAGGCAGCCAUGAGAGGGCUGAGUGGCGAAACCACCAGCUCACCUGCGCAGGUAGAAGCCCCGUCCGAGCCCACGCUGGACGUACAAGGUAGCCAGCUGGCCAAUCCGGAGGAGUCCAGGACGGUCAGCGCCAAAGGCGUCGGCGAGUUGAUCAAGUACCUGAAUACGAAUCCGGUCAGCGGACUUCUAGAGUACGCCCGAGCUAACGGCUUCGCCGCCGAAUUCAAACUCAUCAACCAGACCGGACCUCCCCACGACCCCAAGUUCGUCUUCCAGGCGAAAGUGGGCGGCCGUUGGUUCCUGCCGGUCUCGGCGCACAGCAAAAAGCAAGGAAAGCAGGAAGCGGCGGAUGCGGCGCUCCGAGUUCUCAUCGGGGAGAAAGAGAAGUCCGAGCACGCGGCCGAAGGGCUGGGCAUCACAGAGCUGCCGGUCAGCGGAAGCACCCUGCACGACCAGAUCGCCAUGCUGAGCCACCAGCGGUUCAACGCCCUGACCGCCCGCAUCCAGCACAGCCUUCUGGGACGCAAGAUCCUGGCCGCCAUCAUCAUGAGGAGGGGCCAGGAGGGGCUGGGGGUCGUGGUCAGCAUCGGGACAGGGAACCGCUGCGUAAAAGGGGAGGAGCUGAGCUUGAAAGGGGAGACGGUGAAUGACUGCCACGCGGAGAUCAUCUCCCGGAGGGGAUUCGUCAGGUUCUUGUACAACGAGCUGAUGAACUUUGACCCCUUGGCGCCAGAAGAAAGCAUCUUUCAGCUGGCGGAAGACAGGAAGCUGAAGAUCAAAGAUGACGUCAGCUUUCACCUGUACAUCAGCACGGCGCCUUGCGGGGACGGCGCACUCUUCGACAAGUCCUGCAGCGAGCAGGCCAACACAGCCGGGGAGGACCAGCACCAGCCCCUCUUUGAGACCCCCAGGCAAGGGAAGCUUCGCACCAAGGUGGAAAAUGGAGAGGGCACCAUCCCGGUGGAGUCAAGCGACAUCGUGCCAACCUGGGACGGCAUCCAGCACGGAGAACGUCUGCGCACCAUGUCGUGCAGCGACAAAAUCCUGCGCUGGAAUGUGCUCGGCUUGCAAGGCGCCUUGUUGUCCCACUUCAUACAUCCGGUCUACCUUCGCUCAGUCACACUUGGUUACUUAUACAGCCAAGGGCAUUUGACCCGCGCCAUUUGCUGCCGGAUGUCCAGAGACGGCAGCACCUUCGCGUCGAGGCUUCCCGCGCCCUAUCUGGUCAAUCACCCCGAGGUCGGCCGCGUCAGUGUCUACGACUCCGCGCGGCAGACGGGGAAGACCAAGGAAUCCAGCAUCAAUUGGUGUCUCCCGGACGGCACCAACGUCGAAGUCCUGGAUGGCACGAAAGGCAAAGUGGAUGGGCCCAAACUGGAUGUUUCCCGCGUCUCCAAGCAGUCCCUCUUCCAACUUUUCCGGCAGCUUUGCGUCAAGAUGGUCAGGGAAGACCUGAAGAAGUUUGCCGCCUACUCGGAGGCCAAAGAGUCGGCGGCCGACUACCAGAGUGCCAAGCAGCAGUUCUUCUGGGGCCUCCAGGAAAUGGGCUACGGGAGCUGGAUCUGCAAACCCCAGGAGGAGAAGACCUUCCUCCUGCCGGAGCCCUCUACCCCUCCCUCCCCGUGAUAGAUAGAGAGAUAUAAUUCCCACCCACCCCCCUUCUUUUUUUUUCCCCAGUUUUUAUUUUCUGCAGAAGC